AAUAAAGACGUCUUGAUAGAGUCCUACGAUUGUCAAAAAAUGGUGACAUUCCAGUAUAAUCCUGAAAAGCCAGUGGGAGUAAAAGAUCCUAUGUAUUUUGGAAACUAUUAUACGAUUCCGAACCCUACCGCAGUAUAUGGGUACAUUUACGUAAGAACCAAUAUGGGUAUAUGUCCGCCUCACUACACAGUAUACAAAAGAUGGUCCCCUGUCUUUUACUAUGUAAAACCCUACAAGCCGCAUGCUGAUACAUAUUUGCCAAACUGAACAGGGCAUCAGGCACUUUAGGCAACGCAUUUUGAGCCAAAUCCACAUCUGCCAAAUUAGUCAAGUUAUCUAGGUUACCAGGGAAGUUACUCAAGUUCCUUUGUGUGUUCCUGCAUUAUUUUGGAAUAAAACAUGAAUCAAAAACGAAUAUUUCACAACUUUCAUAGCACUAUCUUAGAAUAUUAAAUGGCAUUAUUUGGACCAAAAUAAAUGUUCAAAUAAUCUUGAUAUUAAUAAAGAGUCAAAGUAUA